GCGCAUUUUGUUCAAAACAGGCACAGUGCUAAGUCAGAGAUCGUGAUCAUGGCGCUGCUUCGCUCAGCAUCUCUGCGUGCCGCCCUCCUCCCGGGCGUAGGCGCCCGCGCAGUGACCGCGCUGCCCCGCGCUCUGGGUGCCCUCUCUGCACCCUCCGCAACCUCCGCGACCUCCGCAAAGUCAGCACCUGGUGCAGUGGCCCCGGUCCUUGGCCUCGGUGCCCCGCUCACGAAGCGCCACGCGGGCGUCUCCGUGCUGGGCUGCGCCAUUGCCAUGGUGGCCGUCGGUGGCUGCGCGCAGGGCAUCGGCCAACUCUUCGCAGCCUUGGUGGUGGGCAUGGCGCGGAACCCAUCAAUGAAGGAGGAUCUCUUCACCUACACGCUCAUCGGCAUGGGCUUCCUGGAGUUCUUGGCCAUUGUGGUCAUCCUGAUUGCAGGCCUCCUCCUCUACUCCGAGUGA